UCGACGAUGAGUGAAAAAACUCCUAAAAAGAACCUGUUUAGCCGCGUUAGUUUUAAUGGAUUUUCACCUGUUAUAUUACCAGUAAGUCCAGCAGCAGGAUCCCCACAAAAAAAUUUAACUGGCUCCCCGAGAGUGGCACGAGAUAUUGUUGCCGAUUUGUACAACAACAUCCAACGCUGGAACGAUUUACACAUAAAAGGAUCAAACAUAGUUAAACAAAUAGCUGUAUUUAAGUCUGACAAUCCAAAUAAGUUUACCCCUGAACUAGAGGAUUACACAAACGCUUUGUAUGAAGUUGUAGUUAGCCUGGUAGUGUACAGAAACUGUUUUGAGAAUCUCACCUCACAAAUUAAAGCUCUGUCCAAGUUAAAUAAAGAAAAAGAAAUCCUAUUUAUAUCACUAAAUGGGAUAGAAUUAUCAAAUCUUGUAGAGAGCAUAAGCUUGGCAUAUAGAGAUGAGUUCAAGGUCAAAGAACACAUCCUUGAGAAUAUAGCACACACUAAGGGCAAGAAUGAGGUUAUGUUCUAUGCUGCAUCUUGGACUCAUCAGUGUAAUAUAACAAGUGAUGUUAAUUUUAAACUGGAAACAUUACUCGUUGAAACUGGGCAUAGAAAUUUUAAUUGAUUGUUUUAA